AUAACCGGGCACUUUGCAAUCCAUGAGACAACGACCAGACCCGCUAGCCUUCCCAGGCAGCGUCUUCACAAGAGAAGUGAGAGAAACACAACUGAUCCUGCGGAGGGAGAGAAGAAGCUUGUAAAUCACUGUGGGGGCUGGCAGACCCCAGAGCAACAUUCCUGGACCAAAACUGCCAUGAGGCAAAACCUUCAAGCCAGAGCGGGUGGACUCAUUGCUACCGAAAUGAUGGCUGGUCCCAAAGACAGCUCUCCAGAGGAUUCCUUAAAAAUAAAGCCUCUAAAAUGGCCUUCUGGAAUGGGCAGCCCAGCAUCUCUUGCUGAGCAAGAAGGCAGAAAGAGCGGUUUGACCACACCAGAGGAAGAUUCCCGCAGAACGGUAGGAAUUUCAAAGAUAUCUGCAAAUCUCUGUUCAUCACACAGUGCCGAUUCCUUGGAUUUAAGCCAGGAUGGUUCACCCAAGACUUUAUUCAAUCCACCCACGAGCACCAACAAUGAACUAGCCACCAGUCCCGCCUGUGGCCGAGGUGAACCGUUGGCCAAACGGGUUCCACAAAAGGGCCAAGCGGGGGAAAAGAAACCCGAAUCCAGCUGCAGCAGCGAGAUGAACAGGAAAAGCUCCCACCUACACAUUUCACAGUGGAAGAUGUCAGCAGGGAGUGAGAAGCGCAUGGAGUUGUCCCAGAAGAGGGAGCUCCCGUUUGCGGCAUGCAGAAAGGCUCUGGCGUCCCCAUCCUGCAAAGAUCGCUUGCCCCGAGAUGCUUUAGAACUAGAGGAUGUAGAGGAUGAAGGACUGGUGGAGGAGGCUUACAAGAUGCCUGACCAUUCUGCUCUCAACAUGCUGCAAGUCGCAUCCAAGCCCAUUGACUUCUCCCUUGCGAGAGAGCUGAAAACGCUCUUCUUUGGCUCCAGCCUGGGCUGUUUCAGCAAGGAAUGGAAAAUCCAGAGCUUUGCAUUUAAUGACAACCCUCAGCUGAAGUACGGCAUCGUACAAAAAAAGGGUGGGCCAUGUGGGGUCCUGGCAGCUGUCCAAGCCUCUGUCUUGGGACACCUUAUCUUCGGCGACGGCGUCAAGAACAGCGAUACUCGGUGCCUUCAACCUUCAGAAGCUCACAGGACCAAAUGCCUUACUUUGGCUCUGGCUGACAUUUUAUGGCGGGCAGGCGGCAACAAGAAAGCUGUAGUUACCUUGCACACAGAAGCACAGCAGUUCAUGCCUGCAGGGAAAUACAAAGCUGAUGGGAUCUUGGAAAUGCUCACGCUGCACACUGUCACGAAAUACGAAGACCUGGUGGCGUUCCUGCAACAAAAUAUUCGCCAGUUCGAAGUUGGUCCACACGGAUGCAUUCUUCUGACGCUGUCGGCGGUACUAUCAAGAUCAAUCAAUCAAGUUCGUGGAGAUUUUGAUGUGAGUACCAACCAGCUCAUUGGUGCACAUGGAUACUGUACACAGGAGCUGGUCAACCUGCUGCUGACCGGCCAUGCCGUGUCCAACGUUUUCAAUGACACGAUGGAACUGGACUCCGGGAACGGUCAGGUCACUCUGUUAAAAGGCAUUGCCGGCCGCAGUAACAUUGGUUUGCUGUCCCUCUUUGAACAGUACAAUGUCUGCAAGGUUGGCUGUUAUUUGAAGACCCCCAAGCUUCCCAUAUGGCUCGUGUGCAGCGAAAGUCACUUCAGUGUCCUCUUCUGCCUGACCAAGGAUUUACUCGGGGACUGGAGGGCGGAGCGGCGGUUUGAUCUGUUUUACUACGACGGCUUAGCCAAUCAGCAAGAGGAGAUCCGUCUAACCGUCGAUACGUCUCGGCCAUAUGUUGAGGACAAGGAUGAUGACUUAACUCCUCCCCUGGAACAUUGCAUUCGGACCAAGUGGAAAGGAGCGGUUGUCAGCUGGAAUGGCACAGAACCCAUCCUGUGACUGAUAGGAACCAGAAAGCCCAGGACCUCUUUCUUCCCACACUCGGAAGGAAGCCGGGAAGGUGUUGUGUUCCCUCUUCGCACAUGCAAUGGGACCAAGUGUCAUAGGGUGGGCCGUCCAGGGUUUUUCACCUCGUGCACACAUCUCUCGUGUAAACACUGGCCGCGCUCCUGCGGAGUUGCAUUCCUUUGUUCCGUACAGAGUGGAAGAGCGGAGGAUCAACAGGGAGAGCCGACAACAAGGUGCAGGAAAGAGCAGUAAAUCUGUCGGCAGCUGGCCACGUUCCACGUUUCUGAAUCCAUUCCACGUCCUGCGAUUGUCUCGACUGAACAACACAAACUGCACCCUUUUGUCUUUUCAAGCAUCCAUUCUUUCCCACUGCCUCCUUUUCCAACUAGGAAAACAGAACCAGACCGAAAAAGAAAGAAAGAAAGAAAUGUAAAAAGGGACUAUAUCUCAAUUGUGUCUCUGUCUUAGGCUACGGGAGAUUUCCCCUGUCCUAAAAGAAUGGGUGUCACUGUCAACUUUUCUCUCUCCCCACAAACCGGGACCCUCUCCUUAUCCUGGCCAUAUCAGGAGACACAGGGGGGUGUUAGGCCUCUUGUUUGCACAAACACACUUCUUAUCAAGGCCAAAGAAUAUGGCUUUACAAAACGACUCUGUGCUGUCAUCUUAUCUUGACAAUAUGGUCUUUUAUCUUGCCUGGUUCCAGCCCCAGAACAUUGCUUGACGAGCAAAGUGGUUGGGUUGCCAUUCUAAGCAUUGAGGAUAAUGAGCUAUAAACCAGAUCCAUUGAGUUAUACACUGGAGCGGUGUACAUUUCUGUUGAUCCGGACAUGGACCCCACAAGAUUCUAACAUUCCCCCAUAGCAAUUUCCCCAAUAAAUUAAACUCCGAUCAGUUUAAUUUAUGAGACGUUAGCUUGUGAGUCCAGGUCAUAGCAUGACGCCCCCCCUCUGCUGGCCAAGAGAAUGAAUAUGGAUCAAGGAUAUCUCUGACUCACGCAGAGGAUCUGACAGGCAAUACAGAAAAAGCUGAGGAUGGGGUUUGUCACCGUAAGCCAGGCAGCAAUGCCAGGCACCUUGAAGAUUCCUAAAAGGUUUAGACUGGAUCUCUAUCAGAAGCAUUUCCAGUUAUUUUAUGAAAUUAUUUCUCUUGACAUAGGUAUCAUAAAUAAAAACUGCACCCCAAGACCGAGCUGGGGAGAUUCUCCUUUGAUCUGUCUCAUUGAUUUAUACAAAGUCAGGCAGCUCAAUCAAUGGUCGGAUCACUCGCAGCUCGGAGCUGUGUCGGACAUCCUCUGCUUUUUUGCAGGGUGGGGCUGAGGAACUUUAAGCUGAUUUAUCUUCCUCCGUCAUGUCUUGGACUUUUCAACAGCCACGCCAAUGUAUUAUUAGCAGCCUUUACUUGUAAUUUCUUUCCCUACUAAUCAAAGCAAAAACCACCUUAUUUUCCAGAAGCCUGUUUUCAAAGAAAGCUAAAUCUGUGGUUUCCCUAACACUUCUUGCAGCGUCAGAAUUUUUAUUUCCAUUAAAAACAAUUAGUGGGUAUCUA